UGAUGUGACGUCAUUAACUUGUGACAAGUGGUACUUCGCAUGGGUAUUUUGUUUUGAUUUAGAAACUGUAUGCAAAAUGUUUGUUAUCCUUUGUUUUUCAACGAGAUGAUAAUAACAAACGCUAUGAUUUCAUUCGGUUGUUAUGCCACAUAUACUUUACGAUAUUUUACAGGCAGUUAAAAAAACAUGAAGUGACAUCUGUUUAUGUAGUUAUAAGAUUGCAUAGCAGAAAUACCAAACAUUAAAAUUACUCUAAUCUUGAUCGAAAGUGUAUUAAAAUGAUGGAGCAGAUGUAUUUUUCUUUACCCCAUUGUACUUUUCUUAUGAAGCAUUUAUAUUUUUUCCUCUCCCAAAUUUCUGAAUGACUAAUAUUAGUAAUAAAUCGCGAUGGAUGUAGAUACACCUUUGAUGCAUGAAACUGUUUAUGGAGUUUCGCCUGGCGAGGAAUGCCACGUAAUGUCAGACAAAGUUCAGACUUUAGCAAAUAGCAUUUAUGAAGAAUUUGCUAGGAUGAUCUCAAAAUACGAUGAAGAUGUAGUAAAACAGUUGAUGCCGUUAGUUAUAAGUGUACUAGAACAUUUGGACCUGUCAUUCGUGGAGAAUCAGGAGCACGAAGUUGAAUUAGAGUUAUUAAGAGAAGAUAAUGAGCAGUUAGUUACUCAGUUUGAGAGAGAGAAACAGCUUAGAAAAUCCGCAGAACAGAAACUUUUAGAACUAGAAUACUCUGUUGAUGAUGAUCGUCGUGACUUGCAAAGCAAAGUUGAAAGCUUAGAAUCUCUUGUUCGAAUUCUUGAAAUUAAAGCAAAAAAUUCAGCUGAUCAUGCAUCAAGGUUAGAAGAAAAAGAAGCUGAAAUGAAAAAAGAAUAUGCCAAACUUCAUGAGCGUUACACUGAAGUCUUUCGAACUCAUGUUGACUAUGUUGAAAGAACAAAAAUACUCUUUGGCAAUGAAAAGGCUGAAAUGAUUUCUUCUAAAGCCAGGCACAGCAUUCCUCAUUUAAAGUCCGGAUCUCUGUACAGUAUGAGUUCUGAAGAAUCUUCAAUAAAAUCCCUCACCAGUCCACCAGACUUCAGUGGCUUAACUCCUCCUAAUCAUAUAACUGAUUCAAUGAAGUGCUUGCGAAGUGAACUUCAUGAUGCUCAUUCACAUUCACCUCUAACAUCACCUAAUUCCUGCCAAGAUAUUAAACCAUCUCAGAAAAGUGGUUGGACUGAUGGAUUUGGUUCUGAUUUGACUGAUCUUUCAAUAUCUUCAGCACCUGAUGUAGAUGAUAUGAAUGAUUUGUCAAUAGAUACUCCUCCUGUGGCAACUGUUCAGAA